AUGAGCCUCGCGAUCAACAUCUCUGAAUUUGAUGAUAAUCAAUUAGUGCUUUGUGCGCCAGAUUUUAAUUAAUUAUGAGAUAGUGAUGCAGUGAUUAUCGUGCGUUAAUCUUUAUUCUUAAUUCUUGUUGUUUUUACACUCCGUCAUCACAGAAACCAGACCAUUCUUCGUAAAUAUCCAACUGCCAAUAUGUCUUACAAACUGAGCGCCGUUUUGUACGGACACAAAGCUGAUGUACGCGGCUUAACCGUUACUCACGAUAAUUCCAUUAUUUCAUGUUCUCGCGACCAAACAGCUAAAUUAUGGAAACCUAACGGAUUCAACGCUGGGUAUACCGAAUCACUGACGUAUCAUGGACACAAGAAAUUCGUCUCCAGCGUUUACGCUAUGGCUCCGAAUAGCACAUAUCCUAACGGACUUGUGUUCACCGGAGGAAACGAUAACGAUAUCUUGGUCUUCGAGCCUUCAUCUCCGACCGCAAUUCAUACGUUAAAGGGUCACGAAAACACAGUGUGUAGAAUCACCAAUGGCAUUGAAUCGACUUCGGUUUUGAGCGCUUCGUGGGAUAAAACAGCUAAAUUGUGGAGUUUCUCCGAUUCGGAGCGAAGAUGCGUGCUUACGGUGAGCUGUCACGAAGCUGCUGUCUGGGCUGUGCUUUGUAUUAGUGGUAAAAUAAUCACAGGAUCGGCUGAUAAAACCAUUAAAGUGUCUAGUUCACUGGGUAGCGUUGAAAAAACACUCAGAGGUCACGAUGACUGUGUUCGAGAUUUAGCAGCUAUUAACGAUACUGAAAUUUUAUCGUGUUCGAAUGACGCUACCGUUAGACAAUGGUCGAUUGUUACUGGCGAAUGUUUGAAUAUUCUUUACGGUCAUCCUAAUUUCGUAUACAGUAUCUUUAUUCGAGGAGAUUUGAUCGCCAGUUCCGGUGAAGAUCGUUGUUGUAUGGUGUGGCAUAGGCAAAAAGGAGACCAGCAGUCGAUCACUAUACCUGCUCAAAGUGUAUGGACCGUAGUAAUACUUCCCAAUAGCGAUGUAGUUACUGGAUCCAGCGAUGGAGUUAUUCGAAUAUUCUCUCAAGAUCCGAGUCGAUAUGCCAGCGAAGAGAUACUCGAGUCGUUCGAGAAUGAAGUAGCUUCUAUGACCCAAACUGCCGAAAAACAACUCGGUGGUAUCAAAGUAUCCGAUCUUCCAGGAGUCGAAUCGUUAACCGAACCGGGUACCAAAGAUGGCCAAACUAGAUUAGUACGUGAAGAUAACGAGAUCAUUUGUUACUCCUGGUCUGUGGCUGAUAAAAAAUGGAAUAAAAUGGGUAACGUUGUCGGUGGCAGUGGCGGCUCCACUGAAACUUCUGGAAAAGUUCUCUACGAAGGAAAAGAGUACGAUUAUGUGUUCAACGUAGAUAUCGAAGAUGACAAAGGGCCUUUGAAAUUACCCUACAAUAAAUCCGAAGACCCGUGGUUCGCUGCUCAAGCUUUUAUUCAUAAACACAACUUACCUCAAGGAUACUUGGAACAAGUUGCCUAUUUUAUUAUCAAUAACUCCAAACAAACUCAACCCACUGUGCAAGCUCCACCUCCCGAAUUCGCUGAUCCUUUUACUGGUGGUAAUCGAUAUAUACCUGGUGGUUCUUCUUCUCAAGCAGUCCGCGGCGCUGAUCCUUUCACCGGUUCUAAUCGUUAUGUACCGAUGGAAGUUUCCUCCUGUGAUACUCCAGUUAAAAACGAAUUCUUUCCUCAAACCACGUAUUUAAGGUUCGAUCAGGCGAAUUUAAAACAAAUACUAGAUAAAUUAACAUCGUUUAAUAACCAAGUUGCCGAGGAGUUUAAACUAAGUGAAAGCGAUUUAACAAGGGUAUCGAAAUUGGGAGAAUCCAAUAGCUCGGAUUUCACCCCGGAAAGCAUAGAUUUACUAAAGAAAUUAUUAAAUUGGCCCAAAGAAUUCAUAUUCCCCGUCCUGGAUAUUUUAAGGCUGGCGUUACGAAAUAACACCGCCAACACCGCUCUUUGCUGUGAUAAACUUACAUUCGGGUACUUGAAAGAUAAUCUGCAAUCAGAUUCGCCUAUCGCUAAUCAGAUUCUGAGUUUUCGAGCAUUAUGUAACAUGGUAGGCCACAAGGCUGGCGAGAAUUUGAUCAUCAUUCAAAGAGACUAUCUCAGCGAAGUGAUUGGAAACUGUUCCAAUUUAUCGAAUAAGUCGUUGCAGAUCGCUGUGGUAACCUUAGCUCUGAAUAUGUGCGUGGUAUUUCAUAAAAACAACGACGUCGAAAGCCAGUCAAUCAUAUUGUUAAAUUUAUUAAGCAUAUUACCAGAAAUCACCGACCCGGAGGCGUUAUUUAGAGCAUUGGUUACUUUGGGAACGAUCCUAACGCAAUCCAGGGAUUUGGGCAGUUGUGUGGAGAAAUCACUCAUCGAGAAGUAUUUCCUCAACAAUUCGGAUAAAGUUAGACAAUGCUCGAAAUGUGUACUAGCCUUGUUAUCGUAGAUACCCAGACUUAACCCGAACUCUAAUCUGGUGUAUGCGGUUUUUUUUGUUCUUUUUUUCAAGAGACCUGUCUCCUCCUCAUCUGUCUUUUUAUCGUCAUCCUUGAUUUUUUUUAUUAAUCCGUGUUGUAAAUACUAGGUACGAUUAUUUUAUACGUUUCGUUUUAUAUCAUCGCGUAUACCGCAGUAUACUAUACCUACAUACUUAUUAAGGUAUGAGCGUUAAAGUGUAUUUAUUUCUGUUUAUUUUGAAAUCUAAUAAAAUGUUGCUUGCGUCA